AUGGCACGGAAUCGCUCUGAACCCGACAAGAGGUCUCUACAAAAUGUUCUGCAAGAGAUAACCACUGCUGCUACCACCAGAGCAGCCGAGGGUCAGAAAAUCUUCAGCCCAAUAGCUGCUUUUCUUGAUAAACACCGCAACCAGACGGCUGGCCUCAGCCCUUAUCUACAAGGAGCUCUUGCCGCUCUAAGUGAUGAUCUAGCCACCGUGGCUCAACACCAUUUUAAUGCCUAUAUAAGUGGCAUCACUCCUACUCCCUCUACCCAUUCCCCUGCCCCAGCCCUUUCCCCUAUCCCCAGUCCCCUUCCCCCUACGCCCCCUCCCUCUUAUCCCCCCUCCGGCCUCGCGCAGUCCUCCUACACAACAAUCACCAAGUCCAACCCAGCCAGAUCAGGUACUGCUAUAAAACAAACAAAGCCACCUACGAAAAAGCCUACACCUGACGUGAAACAAUCUCUCCCUGACUACCGCCUCUUCGUACGUCUCCCAAUAGACCAUGCCGCAAAAAUGAUGGACUCUUACGCGAUCUAUACUAGCCUCCGGGCCCAACUAGGUAUUAACAGCAACGCCUUGAAAGAAGUACAAACUACAAAGACCAGGUUCGCUCUCUAUCCUGCAACUAUGGAGGCCCUUUCAACCCUUGAGGCUCAAAAGGAAGUCAUAUCGACGUACUUUGGCAACUGCCAAGUUGAACGCAGCGCACGAUGGAUCUCAUAUAGAGUUACAAACCUGCCAAGAAAGAUUGGCCAAAUCACCAAUGGCCAAUACUCCAUGAUCCCAGUCGACCCUGCGACACUAUCUACUGAAAUUGCCGAGCAAACAGGCUAUAGACCCAUAUCUGUCAGUGAGACUACCGCUAGUGCUGCUAAUGUCAACUCACCAUCUUCAAGCUGGUUUAUCAAUUUCUCAGAAGACUCAAAAGCCUCUCUCUCAACCUGGCUCCGCCUUUUCGGCACUAUCACCAAUGCUCGCUUCCUUACUAGGAAGGUAACAAUCAUCCAAUGUAACCGCUGCUGGAAAUGGCAUAAUGCACGGUCCUGCGCACGAUCCCCAAGAUGUCGACUCUGCGGCUUAUCAGAACAUAUAGAAGAAGAACAUAACAAUAGCUGUUCUACUCCAAAUCCUUACUGCUAUCCUCCAAGAUGCUUUUACUGCCAUGGACCCCAUCCAGCGGACUUCACUGACUGCCCACUCCGCCCUAAAGCUGGCACCACUCGCACCAAAGCCCAACGAGCAGAAAUCCGCAAAACAUGCGCCAUCAACCUAGCAAAGGCCCGUACAGAACAAGGCUGCUCCUCAGAGUCAUCUGCUACCACACAAGAACAGCACAUGGUCAUAGAUACUCCACCUACACAAAUCCAGGUCGCCUCACCUUUCCGACCAACCACUCCCCCACCUCCGGCGCCCUCUCAGGAACCUCCUGUCACAGCUAGCGUGGAACCAUACAUAUUUUCAAACCUAAGCCAAAAAAUCACCAAGAGACAUCCUUCAUAUGAAUGUUUCUCUCCAACAGAUAGCUGGACAGUAACUAGACGGCCCUGUGUCCUUACCUAUGUCUGGAAAAAUGCAGGCCUACAAGCAUCCCAGCUUCGGCCUAUCAUUACAGAUCCAGCAACCCUAUCCGACCUACUCUUUCUGCAAAUUUCCUCCUCAACUGGACAAUCAGUCCUCACUAUCAACGCCUAUAACGCCCCAGCUGGCUCCACCAGAGCUGGUAAAGCUAUGGAGACCCUUAUAUCCCUUCCAGAGACAUUAUUCCUACAACCCACUCUCCUCGCUGGAGACUUCAAUCUUCUACAUAUUAGAUGGCAACCCUCCCUGACUUACCGUCCUGCUGUAUCAGCGGACCCCUUUAUUGAAUGGUUAGAUCAUCUAGGCUUUAUCCUCACAUUAGAAAUAGACUGUCCAACCCAUACAAGAGGCAAUGUUCUAGACCUCACCUAUGCUACUAGCUUACUAGCGCUGAGCGGACUACACACCAGCACCGCCCCUCACCUAGACUCAACCUCCGAUCAUACACCACUGCUAACCACUAUCCCGUGGGACCAAAGACACACACUACCUACCCAAAAAAUAAGAUUCGAUAUACUCGACCAACCCCUCUUUCUAUCUCUCCUCUCCACUAACCUCUCACAGAUCCAACCGCUGGACUCCUUAAAGGCCAACCUAGAGUCACUAGCCCAAGGGCUGACCUCGGCAAUACACAGUGCGUACGAAGGCUCUGCCAAGAGGUCCCUCCCCCAUAAAAAAGGACAACCAUGGUGGAAUCCAGAAUGCAAAGAAGCCUUACAAGCCUACCGAUCAGAAUUACUACCCAAAGAGGAGUUUCGCAGCACAAUUAGGAAAACACAAAGAGAGUUCUGGCGCAAUAAGCUAAUAACUGCCUCACAAACGAAAGAGGUCUUCGAUAUCAGCAAAUGGCACAAAUCGAGGGGGUCAUAUCGCAGCCCUCCUCUCAAGGAUCCAUUACGGCCGGAUAAUCCACCUGCAGUCUCUGUUCAGGAGAAGCGAGACCUACUAGUUCGCAACCUCCUGCAAAACACAACAGAGGCAGGAGAUAUCCCGCUAGACUGCCCAGCUGUCCCUACCACUACCCUUCCGUUCCCUGAGAUCACCAUGGCACAAGUGGAAAAGUCUAUCUUAAAGGCCAGAAACACCGCUCCAGGAGAAGACGAACUCCAAACUAACAUCCUAAAGACAGCUUGGCCACUGAUCAAAGACAAGAUCUUAUUCCUAUUCCAAGGCUGCCUACGAUUAGGAUAUCAUCCAAAAUAUUUCAGACAUGCAAUUCUCACUAUUCUGCAAAAGCCCAGUAAAGAAGACUGGACCAACCCUAGGUCCUACCGGCCCAUCGCUCUCCUCUCUGUCCUAGGAAAGGGUCUUGAAUGUCUAGUGGCACGGAAUAUGGCCUGGAUAGCAAUCUACUACAAGGUCCUGGCAAGCCAACAAUUUGGAGCCCUUCCUCUAAGAUCAGCAAUCGACCUUACCACAUGUCUAACACACGACAUAGAACAAGCCCUAAACCAAGGGAAAACAGCAUCUCUACUAACCUUUGAUGUGGAAGGAGCAUUCGAUAAUGUCCUCCCAGGGAGACUCACCUACCGGCUCCGGACACAAGGAUGGCCAAACAAUCUAAUACUCUGGAUCAGCUCUUUCAUCACAGAAAGAACCAUACAGAUCCGAUUUGAUAAUGAACUUGGCCCUCAUACAGAUAUAUCAUGUGGCCUUCCCCAAGGCUCCCCUAUCUCCCCUAUUCUCUUUAUGCUUUACAUUGCACCGCUCUUCCACAUGGGUAACCCUAGAACUAGAUUUGGAUACGCAGAUAAUAGAGCGACCCUAGCAAUCUCUCCAUCCCUCUUAACUAAUUGCUAG